AUGUAUGCCUUGCGGGUGGGGUCUGGGUGGCUAAACCUGCCUGGUGAGUCUCCAGGCUUGACUCACCGGAGAGACAGGUGGAGCCCAGAAGCAGCGGCAGUGGCCGUCACACCUGGCCAGUCAGUCCUGCACGAAGCCAAGUUCUGGCAGCAUCAUGGCCUUGAGUGUGACCGUCAAGAGGGUCACCCAGCUGCCGGGGACUGGGGAAAGGCAGGUGCACGUCAGCUUCCGAGAUUACUUGGUACACUAGUUAUUAGCCUUCAACACUUGGUAACUUCUGGACGACUAACCAUCCGAGAGGCUCUUGUUGACAAAAAUCACAGCAUCACUGGAAUCUAUAUUGAGUUAGACCUGCGAUAUCAGCCUCCUGAUGGUGCUGCAGGAGCAUGGGCUGAGGAAGACUUUAUCUACCAAAUGAAAGACAGUUCAGAGGUGAUAAUCCGCAACCCUGGAUUUGAGGAACUAGAAGAUGCUGAAUUGAAGCGAGCUGCUGAUCUGGACAGAAAAGCCGCAGCGCUUGGCAGAAAACUUGUCAAAGGCCUGGAGACCGAUGAUGACGAAGAUGAUUAUUAUGAUGUAUCUGACAUGGAGUUUUCUGGUAUUGUCUUCAGCCCCGUGAAAAGCCGUUCUAGAGUCUUCUCAAAAUGGGAUCUGUUUUCUACUCCCAGACCUCAAAAUGUUCAGAUUGGUAUCAACAUAAUUGAAGCCCAGAAAUUGGUUGGAGUGAACAUUGACCCUUUUGUGGUUGUGAAAAUUGGAGAUGAGAAGAGACACACUGCGACGCAGAAGUCAACUAACUGCCCUUUCUACAAUGAGUAUUUUACAUUUGAAUUUCAUGAACCAAGAGAUAUCCUAUUCCAUAGGCUCAUAGAGAUUUCUGUCUUUCAUUCAAAGAAGAUCCCAUUUCUAGGUACACUCAUAGGGACAUUCAAGAUUGAUCUAGAGACGGUAUACAGCCAACCAGAUCACCGAUUCUACCAGAAAUGGGCUGUGAUUAAUGACCCAAAGGACACCAGAGCAGGAGUCAAAGGCUUUGUGAAGUGUAACAUCUCUGUCAUUGCUCGGGGAGAUGUGAUGGCUUCUAUUCCCACUGCUUCCAGCAGUCAGAAUGAAGACAUUGAAAAGAACUUGCUUCUACCAAAAAGAGUCCCAGCGGAGAGACCAUGGGCCAAAAUUUGCAUCAAAAUUUACAAAGCAGAGGGUUUGCCCAGCAUGAGCGCAGGAAUCAUGGGUGGUUUUUCAAAGAUUGUCGGAGAGAAGAAAGUUUUCAUUGAUCCAUAUGUGCAAGUGACCUUCUCUGGACAACAGGGAGAAACCUCAGUUGAAAGCAGCAGCACAGAGCCAGUAUGGAAUGAACAAAUCAGCUUCAUUGAAAUGUUUCCUCCUCUUGUCAGAAAAAUAAAAGUCCAAAUGUUGGAUGAUGCAAACAUUGGAGAUGUUUCACUUGCCACACAUUUCAUUGAUUUGCAGCAAAUAUCUGACCCUGGGAGAAAUGGGUUUAAUCCCACUUUUGGACCAACUUGGGUAAAUCUGUAUGGUUCCCCUCAGAACUCAGCCUUGCGAGACAUUCACAAAGAUCUCAACGAAGGUCUGGGUGAAGGCAUAUUCUAUCGGGGGCGUCUCCUCAUGGCUAUAACUGUAGAGAUUUUCAGCACCAUUCAAGCCGCAGAAAAAAAGCCGGUGGAAGCUCUCAAAGGAGCCUUAAGCAAGCUCAAGCUAAAGAAAAAGAGCAAAAAGGCAAAGGAGAAAUCCAAAGGCUCUGUUAAAGAGCGACUGCCAAGUCAAGCUGAAGUUGAUAUAUCAGAGGAGGCUGAACAGCCAAAUGAAGUGAUUGUGGAGGUAGAUGACCUUCAUCCUCUUCCAGAUAAUGCCUUGGGUGUGAAAGAGGAAUUUCUUCUCUUUGCCUCCUUCUUUGAGGUGACUAUGAUAGACCCAUCGAUAGGCACCAAACCUGUGAAAUUUGAGGUCUCAAUAGGGAACUAUGGGAAAGCUGAAGAAGUUGUAUCCAAAGUCUCCAAGAAAGGUGAGAAGGGAGAAAAGGGUGAAGAGAAGCAGCCUUUGUUAGAGGCCAGUUCAGAUGAUGAGCUAGAUCUUGAAGUCAUAUCUCCAAGCACACCUUUGCUUGAUAAAUCUGUGACUGCGAGCCAAAGGCCUGAAGCCACUGAAUAUGACAGCGCUUACAGUUGCCUGCCUAUGCUGCACGAGAAGCCAUGUGUUUAUAUUUGGAGCUACUGGGAAGACUACACCUGGAGACUCUACAAUUCCAACUGGAUUGUCAAAAUAGCAGAGCGUUUGGAACAUGGACUGGAAGAUGUGGAAAAGCUGUUGAGGAGACCAAAAUCAAAAGCAGACGAAAGGCUUCGACAAGUUCUGGAGGAAUUUGUAGCUGGAUGUAGGCAGUAUUCUCUUAAUGCGGACAAAAAGCCAAUGACCCGUCCAAAUAACCUUGAUCGAUGCCGGAUGAAAUCUCUCCCACAGAAUGUUAUCCUGUACGCAAAACAGGGACUCCGCAUACGAAGGCGACUCACUCGCACCAACGUCAAGGAGAAGGUCAAUGAGGCAAAGACAAUUUUGUCAAAGCUGCGCUUCCUGGCUAAAGAGCCCCAGUGUACUAUACCUGAUGUCCUGAUAUGGAUGUUUAGCAACAACAAGCGUGUUGCAUACACAAGGAUCCCUGCUCAGAACAUCCUUUAUGCAGUAGUAGAAGAAGAAAAAGGCAAGGAUUGUGCGAAGAUCCAGACUAUUUUUCUAAAGGUUCCAGGCUCACGAACUGGAGAGAUCUUUGCAAAACUGGAAAUCUACAUGUGGCUCGGAGUAACAAAAUAUGUGAAGAAUAGCACUACAGAGCUACCGGAGGAGUUCAAACCAAUCUACGAUCAGGCACAACAGACUGCAAGGAUCCCAAGGUAUCUUCCACCCAGUCAUCUCAACAGGGAUGAUUUCAGUUACUUUCAGCUGCGAGCCCAUUUGUACCAGGCUCGGGGGAUUCUCCCUGCUGAUGAAAAUGGCCUUUCUGAUCCUUUCGCAAGAGUGGUGUUUUCAACCCAGUGCCAGACUACUAAUAUUUUGGAAGGAACACUUAGCCCGAUGUGGAACGAAUUACUUCUAUAUGACCAGCUCAUUAUUGACGGAAAGAAAGAGGAAUUGAAGACAGAGACUCCAAUUGCUGUUGUCAAUAUCUUUGAUUACAAUAAAUUUGGUUCUCCAGAGUUCCUUGGUCGAGCAUUUGUUACACCACUAGUGAAGCUAGUAGAUGAGCCAUAUAGCAAACCUUCUCUCCAGUUUUUUGACAUUUAUAAAGGGCAUAAAGCAGCUGGAGAAUUAAUUGCUGUUUUUGAGCUGAUUGAACUGGAUUAUAGCGGCUACCUAGAGCCCUCAGUGCCUAAUGAUGUAGAACCCAAGGAGCCAGAAUACUUGGGGGAUCCCCGUUCUGGACGUUUCAUAAUUCCUGAUGGAAUCCGACCGAUCCUUAAGGAAUUUCGCAUAGAGAUAUUGUUUUGGGGCCUGAGAGAUCUGAAGCGUGUGAACUUGUUUGAGGUUGACCAGCCGCAGGUGAUCAUUGAAUGUGCUGGGAAGAAAGUAGAAUCAGAAGUGGUUACAACAUAUAAGGAGAACCCAAAUUUCAAUGAAAUUGUCAAAUGUGUCAAUGUGGAACUUCCAGAGCAAGUGUAUUUGCACCCACCUCUCAGUAUCUUUGUGGUGGAGAAGAGAGCCUUUGGGCGCUCGGUCAUGGUGGGAACUCACAUAGUCUCCCACAUUAUGAAGUUUGCUCCUAAAGAGCUUGAUGAACUGGAAGAAGAAACAGAAAGCCCAUCCAAGAUGCGGAAAGCCUCACGACCAAAUAUCUCCAAAGCAGUAAUAAACCUUGGUGCAACUGCUGGGAAGACAGUUGUAAAUAUUGGUGCUGCUGCCGGACAGACAGUAAUAAACAUCGGAGCAGUUGCUGGAGACAUUGGAAGCAAAGCAAAUCCCCUUAAGCUUGUAAAGGCCCCUCUGAAGAAACUCCCUAUUGAUCAACUGGGUCCCAAGGAAGAAGAAUUUGAGGAAGAGAAGCCUGAAAAAGAAGAGCUGGAUUGGUGGUCCAAAUACUAUGAAUCAUUAAAGGAAUUAAAUAAGCAGUCCAUUAGUGAUGAGGAAGAGGAUGACCCAAAUGAUCCUGAUGGAGGGAACUUAAACAUUGCUUCCCUGGAUUUGCCUGAGGUUGAGAUUGAAGUUGAAACUGAGCCAGUUCGUCCCAAAAGGAAACUUAUAGCCAUAUUACAGAUCUAUAAUUCUGAGCUAGAAAAUGAAUUUGACAAUUUUGAAGAUUGGCUAUGUAUUUUUCCACUCCAUCGUGGAAAAGCAGCUGAAGAUGAAGACGGAAAUGAUGAGGAGAAUUUUGUGGGCAAAUACAAGGGAUCAUUCCUUGUCUAUCGGGCUGAAGAGGCAGAAGCAGAACACAAAAUCUCUCAAGGCAUCCCCAGAAACAGACCCAUAAAGGUCCUUGUUCGUAUUUAUAUUGUCAAAGCAACUAAUCUGACUCCAGCAGAUCCCAAUGGGAAGGCAGAUCCCUACCUUGUUGUCAAAAUCGGGCAACAACAGAAAGAUACCAAGGACAGAUAUAUCCCAAAGCAGCUCAAUCCAGUUUUCGGGGAAGUGUUGGAGAUGUCAAUAUCCUUUCCUAUGGAAUCGGAACUCACUAUAUCAGUAUUUGACCAUGAUUUGGUUGGAUCUGAUGAUUUAAUUGGGGAGACAAAAAUUGAUUUGGAGAACCGAUUCUACAGCAACCACAGAGCUAAUUGUGGGCUGGCCUCACAAUAUGAUACAGAAGGCUACAACAUGUGGCGAGAUGCCUUCAAACCCUCUCAUAUCUUGGACAGUUUGUGCAAGAAGAAUGCACUUCCUUCUGCUGAGUACAGACGGGAAGAAGUCAAAGUAAAUAACAAGCUUUUUAAGAUCCCUCCUGAAGCUUUUCCUGAAGAAGCCUUUGCAAAAGAUAAGAAAGAAAUGGACGAUGAAUCCUGGUCUGCUUAUGAUGAACACAAGGCUUUGUAUGUUCUUCAACAUUGGGAAGAAAUGCCAGAGUAUGGAUACAAAUUAGUACCAGAACAUGUGGAAGUUCGAUCCCUUUACAGUCCGGACAGCCCUGGUCUCCUACAGGGCUCUCUCCAUAUGUGGAUUGACAUGUUUCCAAAUGAUGUCCCUGCACCACCUCCGGUCAACAUCAAACCACGGCUCCCAAUCAGUUACGAGCUACGUGUUAUCAUCUGGAACACAGAUGACGUGGUUCUUGAUGAUGUCAAUCCAAUAACAGGAGAAACCUCCAGUGACAUCUAUGUAAAAAGUUGGAUUAAAGGGCUGGAGAAAGACAAACAAGAAACGGAUGUUCAUUUCAACUCUUUGACCGGGGAAGGCAACUUCAACUGGAGAUUUGUGUUCCGCUUUGACUAUCUCCCAACAGAGAAAGAGAUCACUUAUAAAAAGAAGGACUCCAUCUUCUCUUUGGAGGAAUCAGAGUUCCGGGAGCCGGCAGUCCUGGUUCUUCAGGUGUGGGACUACGACAGGAUUUCGGCAAAUGACUUUUUAGGUGCCAUUGAGUUAAAGCUGAACGAUAUGGUGAGAGCUGCCAAAAGUUCGGAGCAGUGCACCAUCAAGAUGGCCAAGGAAAAGGCCAUGCCUCGCUUUUCUAUCUUCCGGAACAAACGGAUGAGAGGCUGGUGGCCCUUCAUCAAGCUGAAAAGUCAGGAAGACAUAGAAAGGGAAGAAAGGGAGGCAAAACAGAAGAAAAAGAAGAAGAAAAAGAAGAAGUGGAGGAACUCAGUCAAGCCAGAAGAUGUUGAGUUUGCUGAUCCUAGUGGAAACAUCUUCAUCCUCACAGGAAAAGUGGAAGCUGAAUUCCAGCUACUAACCUUGGAGGAGGCUGAGAAGGCCCCAGUUGGUCUGGGGCGAAAAGAGCCAGAACCCUUGGAGAAACCAAACCGCCCCAAAACGUCUUUCAACUGGUUUGUGAACCCCAUGAAAACAUUCAUCUUUUUCAUUUGGAAACGGUACAAGAAGUACAUCAUUGCCUUGAUAGUCAUUGCAAUUGUGACCAUAUUCUUGGUUCUCAUUCUCUACACAAUGCCUGGAUACAUCAGUGAGAAGAUAAUAAAUGGCUAAACUUGCAGCCCUUUUCCCAGUUGAUCUCCUCCAUUCUUCAAGCUGGGACUUGACAAAAGAUGACAACAGAGACAUCUGUGCCAAAGACAUUUAAGGAACUCAGGCGGCAGGUGGAUUGUGCCUGGAGCACUUUGAACAAGCACCUGUCAGAUUGCACCUACUCACAUCUGUGAUGUGAUGGCAAAAUUUUUGAAAAAUAAUUAUUUGAUAAGUAUCAGACUUCUGAUUUGCCUUGAAGACUGUCUUACCAAUCAUAAGAAGCUGACCUUGCACGGAUUCUUAUGGCUAACAUUGUAUGUAAAGCAUCAACACCAAUGGAUAUAGAACAGGCAUGGGCAAACUUGAGACCUCUAGGUGUUUUGGACUUCAAUUCCCACAGUUCUUAAAAAAAAAUCCGAGCAUGUCCUUAACAGAUAUUUGUAAUGUUUGUGCUUCUGCUGACACGCACCAAAAGCUGAAAUGCUGCUUCUGCCUUGUUCCAUUGUGUAAUAAAGAUACUGCCAUAACUUGAUUAUUGCUGUUUCUAA